UAAUAAUAAUGAUAAAAGAAGGACUUGGCCUACCAUGUAAUGGCCCCCAAAGCUGCUGUCUGAAUCUAAGCUGUCACUAAAUUGCAAGCUGCUGGGGUGUAUGUGUAUGGUUGUGGGGGGAGUGAAUAUCCCUUUAAACAGCCACUGGGGAGGGGGUUCUGGAACCCCCGGCCUCACAGAGACCCAGCCUCCCUCCCCCCAUCUCUCUGGGCUCUGUGUCUAAGGAGCCCUGGGGCGCUGGGUGUGAGUCACUUAGCCUCAGUGGCAUGGGGGUGAAGCGGAGCCUCCAGAGAGGGGGCAUUCUGCUCAGCCUCGUGGCCAACGUCCUCAUGGUGCUCUCCACGGCCACCAACUACUGGACCCGCCAACAAGAGGGCCACAGUGGCCUGUGGCAGGAAUGCAACCACGGCAUCUGCUCCAACAUCCCCUGCCAGACCACGCUGGCCGUGACUGCGGCGUGCAUGGUGCUGGCGGUGGGUGUCGGCGUGGUGGGCAUGGUGAUGGGACUGCGGAUUCGGUGCCACGAGGGCGAGUCGCUGCGAGGCCAGACCACGAGCGCCUUCCUCUUCCUCGGCGGACUGCUGCUGCUGACCGCCUUGAUAGGCUACACGGUGAAGAACGCGUGGAAGAACAACGUCUUCUUCUCUUGGUCCUAUUUUUCUGGGUGGCUGGCCUUACCCUUCUCAAUUCUCGCGGGCUUCUGCUUUCUGCUGGCAGAUAUGAUCAUGCAGAGCACCGACGCCAUCAGUGGAUUCCCCGUGUGUCUGUGACUGCAGCCUGCCUGGGGCAGAAUAAAGGAACGGCUUUUUUUUAGC